UUUUGAUUCUUUUUCCAGAAUAAGCAAGAAGAAGAUGUUGGAUAAAGAAAAAUCUUAUGCGACAAGAUUGACAGGAUUAAAGAAGAAAGUUCGUGAGUUCUCUACAUUAGUUGAUGUUGAUGCUUGUAUGCUUAUCUAUGGCGGACCCAAACAGGGGGGUUCUCAUCAUCGUCGUCGUGAUGAUCAGCCUGAGACAUUCCCUGAGAAUCGACGCGAUGUAAUUCGAAUUGUGAAUCGUUAUCUUGGUAUUCCUAAGGAAGAACGUAUUAAAAGACACGAAAAACUAUUUGAUGGUGGUGAUGGAAAGAACAAGAUUGAAGAAGAAGAUGAUGAUAAUUUGGAUGAAUCAGUUAAUAACAAGAAAAGAGGUAUUGGGAGUAAUUCUGAUGGGUUAGAAUGGGAUGAUCAGUACGACAAGUUAAGUGCUGAUGAACUUCAACGGCUGAUUGACUCUGUGGAGUCCAAGAUUGGAAUUAUUGAUGAGAAAAUUCAGGUCAUGGAAAACCCUAGAAGUGGUGGAGUUUCUGAUCCUAGGGUUGUUGCUAAUAAUACAACUCAGGGAAUUAAUAAUAACAAUAAUAAUAAUAAUAAUACUAGUAUGCAGAUGCAGAUGCAGAUGCAACCAAUAUAUGUUCUUCAACCUGCCUUCAAUCAGAAUCUUGCUGCUGCUAACAAUGGUUCUACUGGAAUGGUGCCAAUGGGGGUACCAAUGGGGAUGAUAAAUCCGAUGAGUACAGCUAAUGGGGCGAAUGUACCGUAUCCAAUCAUUCCAAUGGUUCCAAUGUUGGCAGCCCGACCAAGUGGAAGAAACAAUAUGGUUCCGAUGAUGGCAGCCCGACCAAGUGGAAGAGACAAUAUGGUUCCAAUGAUGACAGUCCGACCAAGUGGAAGAGACAAUAAUAACCAGGAGGUAUAUGGAAAUCAUCAAGGGAAGCAAGUUGAGUAUUUUGUGCCACAGGCUGGAAAUAACCAAGGGCAGCAAGUUGCGUAUAUUGUGCCACAGGCUGGAAAUAACCAAGGGCAGCAAGUUGCGUAUUUUGUGCCACAGGCUGGAAAUAACCAAGGGCAGCAGGUUGCAUAUAUUGUGCCGCAGGCAUUCGUCCAGCCAACGUCUUCGACGAGGUCGUUUAUACCAGAUUUGAUGCCUGGUGCUUCAGAUGCAUAAGAACAACCUUUUUGAUGAUUGUCAGGGUUCUUAGGCCGAGUACAAGACUAGUGAGUUCUCAAGUUCAUGCUGCAUGUUUUUCAACCUUAGAAACAUGUCAGGGGUUUAGAGGUUUUAGACUUUUAGCUUCUGUAUUUCUUUUGGUCUCAGAAAACACUUGUUCAAAGUUAUUCUAUA